CGGGGAAAUAGGCUGCUGCCUGGCACGGGCGCUCGGAGGUAAAGAUAGCGGCUAGAAGGCCUGAGGGCCGCUGGUGAUUCCGUGGUCGUCCCUGUCCGGCCGCCGCCGCGGCUCCACAGACGAUCCAAUGCCCCCUGUACUGACUACAGCAGCCUGAAACUUUGGCCCGUGAAGUCCUCCGCUAGCGUGACCGCGCCGUGGCUCGCCUCGUUGGCCGCGCGCCCCCCGGGGCCCAGGAACCCCGCGCGUGAUAGCUGGGCCGCCUCCCACCCUGCGCCCUCGGCGCCCAACCGCCAGCAUGGGCUACGCAGACCCCUCCGCCAACCGGGAUCUGCUGGGGAACCGAACUUUGCUCUUCAUCUUCAUCUGCGCCUUUGCGUUGGUGACCUUGCUGCAACAGAUCCUGUAUGGCAAAAACUACAUCAAGAGAGACCUCAAGUUUGUUUGGCAGAGUGAUGACCAGCUGACCAAUUGGACUGGACUCAUUAAUGUCACCGUCGUCCCAAGAGUGCAGAGAAGCAGUAAAUCCAACUCCAGGUAUUUUGAAUUUUACGAGGGGCCUUCUGAAUAUAACUCUACAAGAUGCCUGGAACUGAGGCAGGAGAUACUGGAGGUGAAGGUGCUGUCCAUGGUGAAGCAGUCAGAGCUAUUCGACAGGUGGAAGAACCUCCAGAUGUGCAAGUGGACAAUGAACAUCUCUGAAGCCAACCAUUUCAAGUCCACUCUGGCCCGAUGCUGCAAUGCCCCUGCCUUCCUCUUCACCACGCAAAAGAACACACCACUGGGGACAAAGCUCAAGUAUGAAGUGGAGAACAGUGGCAUGUACUACAUCCACCAGGAGAUUUUUCGCAUGUUCCCCAAAGAUAUGCCCUACAACCGAUCUCAGUUUAAGAAGUGCGCAGUAGUGGGCAACGGAGGCAUCCUCAAGAACAGCCGCUGUGGAAGGGAGAUCAAUAGUGCUGACUUCGUCUUCCGGUGCAACCUGCCCCCCAUCUCUGAAAAGUACACCGUGGAUGUGGGGGUGAAGACAGAUGUGGUCACUGUGAAUCCCAGCAUCAUCACAGAGAGGUUCCACAAGCUGGAGAAGUGGCGGCGGCCCUUCUACCGUGUGCUGCAGGUGUACGAGAAUGCGUCAGUGCUGCUGCCCGCCUUCUAUAACACGCGCAACACUAACGUGUCCAUCCGGGUCAAGUACGUGCUGGAUGACUUCGAGUCGCCGCAGGCCGUCUACUAUUUCCACCCGCAGUACCUGGUCAACGUGUCACGCUACUGGUUCAGCCUGGGGGUGCGGGCCAAGCGCAUCAGCACUGGCCUCAUCCUGGUCACUGCGGCCCUGGAGCUCUGCGAGGAAGUGCACCUGUUCGGUUUCUGGGCCUUCCCCAUGAACCCCUCUGGCCUCUACAUCUCCCACCACUACUAUGACGACAUCAAGCCCCGCCCCGGCUUCCACGCUAUGCCAUCAGAGAUCUUCAACUUCCUGCAUCUGCACAGCCGUGGCAUCCUCCGAGUGCACACGGGUACCUGCAGCUGCUGCUGAGGCUGGUGGUUGGCUUGCCCGGACGAACCUGUCCUCCUCCUCUCUCUCUUACUGAAACUGGAAGACUCUAAGUGGGGCCUGGCAAUUAGGCAGGGAGGCAGAGACGGGGCCAGCCCAGACUCAAUGUCAAUCCUAACCCUCUUGGGCCUCCCUCUUGUCCACUGUGGAAGGGAGGGGGGAUAACCUGGGCCAUGCCCUAGAAACAGGGAACCUGGAGAUUGCAAGUCAAUAAAGCACAUUUCCACUGGAUUUCAGCUUCCCAGAGAGCACAAACUGUAACGGCUCCGUUGUAGCCAAAGGCAGGCCCCAGGGAGAAUGGAGUAGAGGGAAGAGACAGGACACUUGAGCACAGUUGAGAUUUCAUGCCAACCUUCUGUUCCUGAGUUUCAUGCUGAGGACCGAGCCUUGAGUUUUUUUUCUAGAAUCUCAGAGUAUAGAGGCCAACCCAGCGGCCAGACUUUCCAGUGAAGACACAGUGGCUCAGAGCGUCCAGAGCUGGUCAAUCCAAUUGUACUACCCCACUUAGCCCAGCCAGUGUCAUGGUGACAUCUAACCAAGGCCAGUGUUAGCAUCUUCCCUGAGUCGCCAGCAGCUGAAAGCCACACCCUUGCAAACCUUCCCUGAGAAGCAUAGAAACAGUCUUGAUGCCUCUGGGUUCCAUUUUGCCUUUGAUCUUUUGACGAGAAGAAAAUAAACCAACCCAGCCAUUUGCACUUCAGGUUUCAAGCCAAUGUUAUCCACUCAAUAAGUGCUUAGCAGUUUGCUUCCUUUUCUGUCAGUCUAUUUUCAGCUUCAUUUUUAACCAGAAGUUAUUUAUAAAGCUCUGUUCCUCUUCAUGUUCCUGAGUACUGCAGAAUCCUGCUGUAUCGUGUUCCUGAGUGGGAACCAUCAGCCAGAAAGUGCUGGCUGUUAUAUAUGGACUUAGUACAGAAAACCAGUGGAGCCUCUGAUACCAGCAUCCUUGAGGCUUCUCCUGGAGAGGCAGGACCCUACAGUGCAUGCCUAGCACCUUAUAUACAGUGACUGUCUCCUAAGCCCAAGCUUCUGGAAGUCAACUGUGCCUAGGCCAAGUGGCCAGGGGUCAUUCACAUAUGAAAUUCUUUCCCUUUGUUUCCCUCUGUGUGUUUCCACUCUGAGCGUGACUGUGCCUCAUAGACACUGUUGGUGAAUUGUCUCUGAAUUUAGGUUUGUGUCUGUAGAGUAUUAGUGCUUGGAAGACUUCAGCUUUCUCUCCCUCCUGUCUCCCUCCCUUCCUUCUUCCUUUCCUCCUCCCUUAAACAUAUCUGGAAAGCCUGUUCUGCUGGGGUCCAUGGUGGUCUUGGGGAGAUACAGUGACAAGGACAUUAGUUCUGUCUUCUAGGGAUAGAGACAGAUCGUACAUACCCUGAAGUUCUGCAUGCCACGCCAGCAGCUCCAAGUAGGAGCUGUGAGAAUACUGCCAAGAGCCUCCACCUGAUCACCUAGCUUUAUAGGCAAAGCCAUGAGUCCAGCAGAGAGAGACAGAGGAGAAAUCUAGGUGGCCCUCCAGGAUCCCACUCCCAGGCCUCCUUCUCUGAGCUCUGUUGCAAGUGGGUGGUGCUGAUGCCCAGAGUGUGCUGGAUGUGAUUUUCACAGUGUUUUUGGGCUCUGGUCUGGACUUGGAGCUUCAGGCUCCCCAGAGCCCCAGUCUACUGGUCUGUAAAAAGGAGCAGCCCCUGAGAGACUCAGACAUUUGGGAACCUGGGGUAGACUCUACAGGACAGUAGAUGAUGACUGCUUUCUUGGGGAAGAUUCCAGUCAAAUGAAAUUUCUAGCCACUAUUCAGGUUAGUUGAACCCAGUUCUUGAAACCCAUUUAAGGAAACAGGCUGGAUCAGGGAAAGGGCCUGAUCAAGUCAUGCUUUGGGUCCUACCUACUUAGUGUGAUAGAGCCCUCUACCAUAGGUCCUCUGGGGAACAGGUGUGGUUUGGUCGGAAAGUAUUGGGGCAGGAGCUUUUGUGAGUCAGACAUUAGGAUCCCCAUAGAUCAGGGUAAUGGGAGUGCAUUUGUUCCAGCCAGGGCCCUUGUAGGAGCACUGAGAUCCAACCCAAGUGAGAGAUGGAUACUAACUUAUGGCCAUAAUUUUGCCUGUGGGUUUAGAGCAAGUUCCUUCUCUCUCUUAGGAUCUCCAUUGCCUCAUCUCUAUAAAGAGAGGCUUAAAACACCUCUAUUAUUUAUUUAUUUGAACUGAGAAUCAAACUCAGGACCUUAUGCUUGCCAGCCCCAGCCCCCAAUAAUCAUUCUUAAAAACAGUCAUGAUGUAUGGAUAAAAGCCAUAACUACAUUUAUUGUUAUAAUAGCUAAGAUUGAUCAUGCUGUCAUUCUGUGUCCAGCCCUACACUGAGCACUUUCUCUGCGUCAUCACCCAGCAUCACAAGACCCCUCAGGUAAGGAUGCUGCUUGGUACAGGUGAGGUGGUGAGGCUCAGGGCAACUCAGAGGGUGUCCAUGGUCGGGCAUCCAAGGGAGAGGACUGCACUUGGGUCUGUAGGACCCUAAAACUUGACCUCCAAACAUCAGUCUUAGCUCUCUAACAAGUAUUGCUAGGCUGGAGUAAGAGGGAUCCCAACAAAGAUGCCUCCACAGGGUGGUACUAGGCUCUGCCCUAAGGACAAAUGCCCUAGAGAGUUGUCCUGGGUGCAGAGACAGCAUCUGCUCUCUCCCAGCUCUACCCUCUGCAGCAGUACCCACUUAGAGCAGCCCUGGAGAGGAACUGAGGACCACUUCACAUCCUUUGGAUGGGGAGAAAUGCCCAGAAAGUUUAUGUAUUAUAACAACACAAGUAACUUGCCCAGAGCCACAUGGCUAGCUAGAGGCUCAACUGGGACUCACCCAGUUGCCUGCCUUUCAGGCCUUUCUCCUGUACACAGUGUUUGUAGGAAAAAAUAUUCUUCCAAAAGCUCAGAGAUAUCUGAGCAGUGAUUCUAGAAGCUCUCUGCCAUGUUUCUCUGAAGCCUUGUCACUGUCCCUCUGUGAGGUACAGACAGACAGUUACAUUCUUAUUUAGGGGAAAUCAAUUCCCUAUGAACAAAACAGCUGUCAUGUCUUCUUUUCUGCUAAACCCACUGCUCGAGGCUUGAAGGGCAGCAAAACACCAUUGAUGAUUUGAUGCUUAGCCAAGCAGGAAAGGUGGCGGCUCAAGAUCAGACAAGCCUAUGGAACUGGUUCAGCAGUGCUGUAGCGGCAACUCUGCCACUCUGAUGCUGCAGACAGCAAAGAGGGUCCUAGCCCUGGACUCUGCUGAAUAUGGGGAGGAGGCAGGGGAAGCACUUUCUGACAGUAAAUGGAGAGCAGAGUGCUGGUUCCCAGUCCAGACUAGCACUUAUUUUUUGCUAGACAUUGUGCUAGGGACCAGGGAACAAGUGGUGAUUAGAAGCAUAGUCCCAGCCCUCCAGGUGCUUAGUCUGGUGUAUAUAUGGAUGGUCAGUGAACACCCCGCACACACUGGAGCUCAGUGCAGAAUACAGUGAAGUCCCUUCUUGGGGAUGGUUAGCUGGGAGAAGAGGGAAAGGGGAGGCAGAGUCAGUUCUGUCCUAAGGCUGGCACCAUACAUAUUGUCACUGCCAAGAUAGGGUGAAUCCUCAGGUCUCAUCCUCAACAGUCCUACAGAGUUGGGUAGGGGUGGCCUCUCUUGCCUUUUUGAAGUUCUCCGUCCUAUGUGCAAGUCUUUUCUUUCCCUGCCUCUUUAAAUGCUCCUCCUCAGCUCGCUUGUGACUUUCCUGUGAAGCCUCCUCAGGGUUCUCUUCUCUUCUGGGAGCCUCCUGCAGAAACUGCAUCUACUUACUGCUCCCAGCACCUUCUGCCCUUUCAUCUUAGUCCUCUGCCCCUGCAGAUCAGUCUCCCAGGAACAGCCAGGGCAUAACUACUGGUGACUCUGCACCUGCACCUGCAUCUGCAUCUGUUCCAUGGCUCAGAUUUCAACCUGCCCUCAACUGCUGCAGUUAAAAGAACAACCUGGACUCAGCAUCUCCUCCCAUUGCCGAACAGCUAUGUGACUUUGGGAAGCUCGCAAAGUUCCUGCAGGCUCUGAUUCAUUAUCUCAAAAAUGAGGCCAGGACUCCAGCUGCACCGGCUAUUGUGAAAGCUGGAUGAAACAGUGUACAUAGUCAGGCAUGGCGGCUUAGAUCUCUCAGGCCAGCACUCUGGGAGGCUGAGGCAAGAGGAGUACAAGUUCAAGUCCAAGUGGUGCAAGUUAGCAACUUAGUGAAAGCCUGUCUAAAAUAUAAAAAAGGGCUGCAGAUGAAACCCAGUGCAAAGGUGCUGGUUCAAUCCCCAAAACCAAAAAAGAAAAAAAUGAAAUGGUGUUGCACACUGUGUCACACAGAGCCAGCUCUUAACUAGGCACUCGGAACCUACUCUUUCUGCUCUGGUCUGUCUCUUCCCUUAUCAACCUCUGUGUUUAUUUGCUCAACAAAUUUUGCCAAGUUUAAUCAUAAAUAUCUCUUGGGUUCACUCCCUUCCUGCAUCCCCUCUGUCACUGCACUAGCGCAGGCUCUUCUGAGUGACCUUCCCCCUCUUAGAGUUACCAUCUGAAGUACCUUUCAUGGGGCUGGUGCCUGCCUAUACCAUGAUAGCCAGGCUCUUUACCAACUCUUGUGAGCUGUGUCCCAAUCUGGUUCCCUCCUCUUCUCUGAGACCCUCCUGCCUGUCUCUGCCCACCGCUCCAGGCACUGUCUCUUUAGUUGCCUGGGGUGGCCCCACACCCUUCCUCCCUCUGUCUGUCUGUCUGACCAUUUUCACAGAUGUCAGGAUAUGGCUUUUCCUACCUCCCUCCCUCUCUGGGCCUGGGCUUGACACUCUUUUCUUUGUGCUGCUGUGACCAUCACUGUCAUCCUCUGAGCACAUAGUGGAAAUGUCGUAAGUGUCCUAGUGUCCUUGGUAGAGGGUCUGUCUCCUCCAUCAGGGAAGGCCUGGUAUCUAGUUCAUCUUUGUGUCCCCAGGACUAGCACAGGGCCACACAUCUACUCCAGUAAUGAGGUAUCUGGUUCCUAGUAGCCUCUAGUACUUUGGGAGGCUCCACUAAUAAAGCAAGAAACACUGCGAGGAAAUUGCCAGUGGAGGGCAUCCAGGAUUGUUUGUUUGUUGCCUAGCACAUUCCAAGAAGGCAGGGACUCACCUUGUUCAUCCUUGGCAAGCUUGAGGCCUCGGGACUGGACUGUCCGUACUGGGGGCCUCCUCAGGCUUGCCCUCCUUUUUAAAAUUAGUUUCCCCCCACUAUAGUCUUAUUCUUCUGCUUCUUGCUUGCUAAGCAGUCCUCUUUCUCUAGUUCAAACAAAAGAAGAGACAGACAUUCUCUAGUUUUAUUCCUUUCCCUUUCUUUUCAUCUUCCAAACUUCACAGAUACAUCAGGAUCUUAUAUUUCUUCAGGUGACAUAAAAGGUAGGUUGCUGUAUACAAAGUAUACAAUAGUACCUCAAAACCUAGAGGAAAAUGCUUUACAUUUGGGGUAGGAAACAGAUGAGCUGGGUUUUGCAGAAUGUGUGCUCUAAAUGUCCAGUGGAAAGCCAGGGCUGUGGGGUUUUCCCUGGGGGGCAGUGGGUAGUGGUCUUACUUUGAGUUCAACAUACCUUUCGCUGUCUCUCUGAAGCCAGAAUGCUCCUCUAGAAGGAGUCUGGUUGUGCCUCCUGGAUUAGUUGAGGCCAGGCCAAGGGUGUAAGAUCAGCAAGGUAGACCUUCUGUUCUUCUUGGGAGGUCUGUUCAAAAAAGGCCAGCCUGUGGAGGCUGAGUAGUCUACAGGACAUCUUAAUAAGGCAUCGUGUUCCUCAGAGGUAGACCCUAGGUCACCUGCCUGAGAGCCAGCUGGGUGCUUGCUCCAACAAUGGAUUCAGAAUCUAGAGUGAAGUGGUGAUGCCUGGCAGUCAGCAUGUGUGACAUCCUUGUUUGCAUACCUGUUUGUGGUUGAGUGACUGCAUCUGGCUUGAUAGCCAGACUGGGGUCUAGAGUGGAGAAAGAAUGAAAAUGACAGUUUUGGCACACACCCCAACUUGGUGUUUUCUAUACAUAUAAAAUAAGCCUACUAUUAACCUAGUAACAAAAAUCAAAUCUCAGGCACUCAAUGUUUAUUAAUUCUGUUUUACUUCACCACUAACGAGAUUUUUGUCUCUUUAUAAUUAUUAGUCAUAGUAAAAUCCAUAUAACAUAAAAUUUACCAUCUUAAACAUUUUGAAGUGCAAAGUUUAGGAGUGUUGAGAACAUCCACAUUGUUGUGUGAUGAAUCUGUAGAAAUCCUCUCAUUUUACAAACUUAAAAAUCGAAUCCAUUAAUGACAACAGAUUUUUUUUCUCCCUCCACAACCUGGCAACCAUUCUUCUGUCUAUGAAUUUUUCUGCUGUAGUUCCCUUCUGUGAGUGAAAUCAUGCAAUCUUUCCUUUCCUUCCUUCCUUCUUUUUUUCUUUCUUUCUUUCUUUCUUUCUUUCUUUCUUUCUUUCUUUCUUUCCUUCCUUCCUUCUUUCUUUCUCUCUUUCUUUUUUCUUCCUUUCUUCUAGGCUUAUUUUGUUUAAUAUAGCGUACUUCCUAAGUAUAAAGAAUCAUGAUAUAAGAGAUUCCUGGUUCCACAAAAAAAAAAAAAAAAAAAAAAAGAAAGAAAAACAUCAGUAAGGUACAAGCUGUUCUAAAAUGGUGACCUUUUUCAGUGCUCCUUUAGCAGAAUUCUGGCUUUUGUUUUAUUUUGAGCCAUUGUUCUGGGCCCUUAGUUUGCCAAGGUCAAGUACAGAUCUAGUCUUGCUUUGCCAGAGGGCUCAUGUAUCUUGGCCAAUUGAUGUCCUGAAUGACAGCAGUCUUGCCAAUCUGUUAGAAGUCUUUAGAUAAUUUUUUCCUGCAUAAUUUCUACUAUGGAACUUUUAAAACAUUUUUUUCAAAGAAAAGAAGAGAAAAAUAGACACUACUGUGCUUUAACUUUUACCACAAAAGCCAGCAAUCAGUGACUGUCUCCUUCCAGUUCAGAUGGUCCUCUUGGCAAUGAAGUCACUCAAGUCCUUCAACUAGAUGAUUUACUCAGCUUGGUUUUGUUUUGGUACUGGAGAUCGAACUCGUGACCUUCCACUUGCCAGGUAAAUGCUUUGCUUUGCAGCUAUAUCCCCAACCCAUUCUCAGUUUUUAGGAUUUGUGUUCUUAGCCCUGAGCUCAUUGGUUCUGGGCUCUCCUGAAGUUUCUGGGUUGAGAAGGGCUGUUUAGCAAGCUCCCAUGACAUAGUGACGUUGGCCUAGGCACUACAUUAUGAGGACCACUGCCCUGAGUGAUCUUUUAACUACACUGACCCUGUUCCGCUGCAUUAUGUUUCUUGGUUGGGAACCCCUCCCCCAAAAUCUGAGUUGGGGCUUUCUUCUUCUGAACAGUUUAAAUGUUUAAAUAAACAUUAAGAGAUACUUCUGAAGCAAGUUAGCAGACUUCCCAGCAUUAGGAAACUCAGUGUGCUGAAUUUUGCAUUCCAUCUGUGCCUAGAAUUAGGAUGUAUCUUGUGAUCAGAAAUAAGAGGUGGGUGACUCUGGCACUUGGGACCCUGGUGAGGGCACUUUGUGGCUAAUCCUUUGGUAGGAUAUGAGUCUCCUCCUACACGCUCUGGCACAGGGAGGAUUUACAGGCUACCUGGCUAAAUGCAAGACACACUUUGCAAAACCAUGCAAAACCCACCUGAAGGGGACAAUGAGGGAACAUACUACAGUGGCCAAGGCUGCCAUAGUCCUACGUCUUCUUUUUUUACUUGCUUUUGAAAAAUCUUGAGUCGAAACAGUUAGUACCUGGUUUCUACUUUUGUCUUGUCUUCUUCCAACCAGAGGCAAAUUUCUUUCCGAGAUGUCCCUAGUGUGCAGAGCUCUAACCCUGUGACAGCUCAGAAUGCAGUGUUCAACCAUCAAGUUCACAGGAACCUCUGAAGAUCUUGAAAAACUUAUUAAAAGUGAAAACAGUUACCAUUUUACUAAAACAAUUAACACUUCAUUUCCCAGAUCUACUUUGCAGCAAGUUCCUUCAGCCCACAGGUAGCUGAAAACUCAGAGGAAGUAAAGUAAGUUUUGAGCCCCAGAAAUAGAUUGUAAAUCCAUACAUCAAAGGCCGAACCAUUUGUGAACAACAAAUCCCUUUUGACUUUCUCUUUAAUUUUAAAUUCAAUUCUCGUGAACUUGGUCCUAGAUUUUAAUAAUGAAGUAAACAAAGAAAAUGAUGAGAGGUGCUAGAUAUGCCAAAAAGUGGCAGCUAAUAGUCUAAUUGCAAAUGCAUUCCAAAGACCAAAUCCAUGCAAGCCAGCAACUGUCAUGUGAUCUGAGGCCGCAGAGUGGAGGGGCAGGGAUAUUGUAACACUCUGCAGGGCAACAGAGCAUUCAGCCCAGUUCAGCCUUUGUCAUGCACGGCACACACAGAAACAGUGAGAAGGCAAGGCAGCAUCUUAUCCACUUUAGAGUUAUUUCCAUCCCCAAACACUAAAGCACAUUCAUCAAAGUCUUGGUGCUUAAAAAAUCAUCUUUGGUCAUCUUGAAGUUCAUGUAGGUGGAACAGCUCAUUGUCUGAUGAUGCCGGACAUCUGAGAUGAGUAACACCCUCUCUUGUGCUUGCCUUUCUCCUCACAUUGUGGCAAUUCUUUCCUGCUUCCUCCCUUCCAAGAAAAGCAAGAUUAGGCCCCUUCUACCUUCAUCUCUCCAAGGGACGUUGUGUCAUGGUUGAUGGCUUGGCCAGGACAGCCUCUUUCAAAGGGCCUCUGCUCUGUUUGUGAUAUUCUUGCUGCUUGUGAUAUUCUUGUUUAAUGCACAUGGGAGGAAGGGCAGUGGGAGUCAGGGCUGCCUCUGCAGCAACUCAGACCUGGGUUAAUUUAUGAACUUAAAAAUAUGACUUUUCCUCACAGGUAGACACUUUUCCUUUCUAAACACCUUCACCAUCCAUUUCUCUCUGGGUUUGCUGCAUCCUGGGAGGAGGACAAGGCGGACAUAGCAGUCUGUUUGACUCAGGCCCAGGAAGAUGGUGGUGGCAUGCCCAGGUUGUCUAUUUGAUGAUGCAGGCCUCCACUUAGCUUCCCAAGUUUUCCCAAAGUGGGAGAGGCUGGAGGACAGGGAGAGGAAACAGUGUCCUAGUCUCGCUUCCCAUUUUUAGCCUUCUCUUUGGGGCUAUCUAGCUGAUCUGGAGUAUGGUCCAGGUCUGCGCUUUACCCUUGUACUUAUACCUUGCCCAGCAUCCAUGUGGAAGGACUUGUUAACCAUUCAUUCCUUCCUGGAGGCCAGGCCUAGGGCACUCAGAACCAGCAGCCCUGAGUAGACGUUCCUGAUGGGAGAGGGGAGGCAGUUGUAUUUUAGUUGGCUAGGCUAUAGAUUUAAGUAAAGUGGGAAAGUGGAGGGAAUGGGCAUCAGGGUCCAGUGAUAUCAGCCUACCUCACUGCUGUGACCAUUUGUGAGGCAGCUGGUAGGUCCCAAGUGACAGCUCCUGCCAGCCACCUUGGAGCCAGCCCUGCUACACAUUUCUCCUGGCUGAUGAUAGGCCCUCAGAAGUGCCUGACUUCUGAGCAAGUCCCUCUACUUGAGGUUAUUUUGUGGGGCAACCAGUCUUUCCUGAGGUUCCUACUCUGCACAGAUGAGUUACAGAGAUGUCAGGGACUUGGUGGCCUGCAGAUUUCUAGAUAGGACUCAUCUCUGUAUAGAAAGUCAUAACCAUGACACAUUUUCACAACUGUGAAAUAAGUGUAUAUGUGGUUAUAUUCUUUAAAAUGAUCACUUCAUUUAAUAAGGACCUAGGGUUGCUCAGGGGGUCAUUUGAAAUUGAUCCUCUGCCACAUAUUCUGAAUAAAACCAGGGUAGAUACUGAGAGAAGCGGAAGAGCUAGGGAAGCUGCUUGCCCAUUGUCUGUACCUCUGCACCUGGUGAAGCUUCAGCCCAGAAGCCCUGCCUGGGUGACAGAGGAGCUUGUUCCAAGAGGUUGGUGGUGCUGACUCAUCUCUCAGUGGCCUCUUCCAUUGCUUGACCCAUCCCUCCCUGCUUUCCUCUCCAAGAGUCGUUAUGCUAUGCAAUGCUCCAUGGAGCCUUCCUCGCUGGAGAAAGAAAAGGAGCUUCACUGCCUUUGCUGGAAUGUAGAGUGUCUUGCUUUGUUAAUUUGCUCUCCCCCUGGCCCUGCAGAGAAACAAGUUGUGCCAGUUAGAAAGACUUGAAGAGGGGAGGGGGAACACCACUAGCCUAUUUUUAUGCAAUGUUCUGUGAGCAGAGCAUUGGCUCAUAAAACUCCAGUGAUGCUAAGUCCAGUUGUGUGUGACUGUCCUUGAGUAGUGAUUUUGCAAUGAUAACUGGCACUGUGGGCAUAAAAACAUUAUCAGGGUACUUUGUGUCUGUCACUGUGUUUGAAAAGUCCUUAAUUUCUACCCAAUAAAAUCAGUCAAAUGGUUUAUCUGGCAAA